ACAAAGAAACAGGGUCACUUUGUUAAAAAGAAAUGGCAUGAAAGCUUUUUGUACGGACACUUCGAAUAAUUGUAAACACUACGGUGAAUUUUGGAGUAAAAUGGAACCCCUCUUACCCAACAAAGGAAAGAAGCAGUCAAAAAUCAUCUUGAUGGAAGUCGAUCGUGUAGUCACCGAUUCUUCGGCUGUGGCUGAAAUCUUUAACGAAUAUUUUUGUGAUGUGGCGGUGAAUGAAGGGACUGACAGAACUAUUGAAGACUUUGCUGACCACCCGAGUGUUAAGCUUAUUACUGAGAAGGGCGAUACACAAUCAUUUAGCUUCUCGACUGUGAACGACAAUUAUCUGAAAAACAUCUUGGACAGACUCAACCCAAGGAAGGCUGUCGGCUGUGAUUCUAUCUCCCAGAGACUUUUGCGCAUAUCUGCUCCAGCCAUAGCGCAACCGCUUACCAGACUAAUCAAUUACUUCAUUACUAACAGAUCGUGGCCAACAGUCUGGAAGAGCAGCAAUAUCUCUCCAGUUUUUAAGAAGGAUGAUGAGACAAAGAAGUCUUGCUAUCGCCCUGUGUCUAUUUUGACGGCUCUGUCGAAGAUAUAUGAGCGUGUUGUAGCGGACCAAGUUUAUACCGCAUUUGUACCAAGGCUCUCACCCAACCUCUCUGGAUAUCUUAGUGGACAC